AUGGCCGCCUUCGACUCUGCCGCCAUCGAGUCCCAGUUGCGCAAGAAGAUCAGCUUCGAGGCCGGCGUGCGCUCCCUUGAGGCUUUCCUGUCGGGGCCCUUCGAAUCGGCGCCCGAGGCGGAUCGCCGGGAGGCCCUGCGGCUGGUCGGCCGCGCGCACGCGUUGCUCAAGUCGAGGCACUCGGCGGUGCCGUUCUGGACGGCGGGGAGGCAGCUGUUCUCCACAGCCAAGGAUGUGGCGAGAGGCAUGCCGGGCGAAGAGCAGUUCGGUGAGUACUUCCGGGGGGCCGAGGCGUUCAUAGCCGAGAUGGACGGGCCCAGCACCUCUGCGGCAGAAGAAGGCCCCCGCCGGCCGCAGCAGCGCCGCCCGUACCUGUUCGAGGGGCAGCUGACAGAGGCCGACGCCGCACCUCCGCCAGACCCCCUAGCCAACAUCGGGCGUGUGAUCCAGCUCAUGGUCCCGGAGGUGGCGGAGAUGCUCACCAAUCAGCCCCGGCCCCCCCCGCCCCCCCAGGACCCCGCCGCGGGGCCCCACCCCGCCGACCCCACCCGAGCCCCUUCGCCCAUCCCGGACAAUCCCGCCGACACCCCCAGCGGCCAAAUCGGCCCCGACUUCCACGAGCAGCUCCGGCGAACCGUCGAGAUGAUGGACCUUGGCGCGGGGCUGCAAGCUCAUGGCAUUCCGGGAGAUGCCGCUGACGUCCCAUUGGAAGAGGUUCUCAGAAUGUUAGCCGCAGAAGGGGAUGCGCAAGGCCCCGCGCCGCCUCCGCCGGCCUCCAAGGCCGCCGUGGCCGGGCUGCCCCGCGCGGUCGUCACCGAGGAGGGCUUGGCCAUGAUGGGCACCAAGACAAGCUGCCCGGUGUGCUUCGAUGACUACGCCCCCGGGCAGGAGGUGCAGACGCUGCCGUGCGGGCAUGUGCUGCACCCGGGAUGCCUGGCGCCCUGGCUGGAGACCACGAAUUCUUGCCCUGUGUGCAGGCACGAGCUGCCCACGGACGACAGGGAGUACGAGGAGCGGAAGGAGAGGAGGGCGGCGGAGGAGGAAGAGAGGCGGGGUGCGGCCAACGCCGUGGACCACACGGAGUUCUUAUACAUCUAA